AGACGAGUCUAGGAUUUCAUCUGUGACUACUCGCAUUCCGUGAAGGAAGAGCAGAGAGAGACGUACAUCUUUUUUUCAAAAGAUACAAAAUCGCUGUUCUUUCUUUCGUACGACAUUGGUUCGAGUUUAUCUACGUCAUCGUGAUUAAAGAAGAAAGAAGAAAUCGACAGAGAAAAUAAAAAAUCUCGUUCUGCGAUCGAGCUGCUGUAAAUACUCUGGGCAUAUUAAAAUUUGUUCUUUUUACGUUCUAAGUGGAAGCCGCAACUACGUUUAUCGUAUCCGGGAGGAAGCAAACGAUCAGCCGCGACGUAGUAGUGGCCUGGUCCUUCGUGAAUCGAUCGGACGACGAUACAUCAGCCGUAGUGCAUAACUUGUGUGAAAAAUCUUGAAAAAAGUUUCUUCAUUUGAGAUUGUUCGAAGGCCUUAAAAAUCCCUCCUAUUUUCGAAAGUACAACAACCAGCAACAUUUCAUUUGAGGAAGGAGGCGUAAAUAACGUUCCUAAGCCAUGCAGCCGUCUGCCGCAUCCAUCAUCUGUUUCUCGUGGCGUGAGAUCGCGGCCACUGGAGGAAGAAGUUGUAACCCAUACAAAGGUGGAAACUAUUCCUCUGCUAAGUCCAACAAUGGAGUCAAAUUUAUUCAAGGAGACCUGGAUUUUCCCUCGUGUCAAAACAAAAACACCAGCGGAGGAAGACAGUGUUACAACAUUUCCCGAUUGGGAAGAGAACUUUCAGGAUUUAAGCGAUUGGUGCAUGGACCCAUUCCAGACUCCAUGCGAUUUUCCUAUAGGUGAAUUGGUUCCUUUUAAACUAUCAGUCAAAAUUCAAUUCUCUUUAGGUACUAAAUACGAGGGUAAGGGCGUUUUGAAUUUGGGAAAGGGGGUAUCAGAGAACACGACGAGGGGGGUAAAUGAAGAAAAAGGGAAGUUAAGAAUGAAUUCGUUUGGUGAUAUGGAGCUUUCAGGUAGCAAACAUCAACCAUUGUUGCCUUCAUCAAACUCAACUUUUGACUGCAAAAAAGAACUCAAUGAAGCAGAAUAUAAUGGAUCAAAUACAUUGUUAAAAUUACCUAAAGCAAGUACCAGUGCUGCAAAUAGCAAGAUGAGCAUUUCCGAUGUUAAUAUACCAUUUAAUUCUCACGAACGCAUAGGCAAUCUUGAUUUGGAUGAUGCUUGCCAUAGUACCUUUGAAUCUACAGAAAAUAAUCAGCCUGAAACAUGGGAUAUGUUACAUACAGUUCAAACUGGAUCGGAUACAUUUGAUUUACUAUCAUAUCUUUGCGAAGAUGAAGCAUAUUCGCCGGGAGGUAGCACAUCUACAGACACUUCAACGAUAUUCAAUUCAAGAUCGCCCAUCCUACCAACAGUUUUACAGAAUGCUGAGGAAGCAGUUGAGACGGAGACGAAAGUCAAUAAAAUUCGUCGGAUAACACGAUCAACUUCAACGGUAACAUCAUCUUCAUCAGACACUUUGCCAAUUUCAUCGCGAAGAUCCGGAAGAACGAGAACGAUAAUAAAUAGUAACAAAGUAGAUAACAAAUAUUCCAAUGGAAAACGGGAAAAACGAAAACGAUCCGCCGAAGAUAUUGCUUUGGAUACACGAGUAGAUACUUUUAGUUACAGAGAAUCUAGAGAAAAAAAUAAUGAAGCUUCAAGAAAAUCACGAAUGAAUAAGAAAGCAAAAGAAACGGAAAUGGCAUUAAGAGCAAUCGAACUUGAAAAGGAUAAUAGGAUAUUAAAAAUGAAAGUCGAAGAACUUGAAAAAUUGGUAAUAUCUAUGCGGAAUGCUUUAUUGAAGUCCGCUUUAAAGAAGGAGAAUUGAAUAUUUGAUCUUUUACAAGUAGACUUUGUCUUAUUGCACUUUCUUUUUAUUUUUUUUUUUUUUUUAUUUUGUACUUUUUACAUUGUUAUAUUGUUUUUAAUGUUAUUUGUUAACAUUGAAAUAUUUUUAUAAUCAAUGGGAAUUUCUGGGAUAGAUUGUUAAUAUAUUCUUUUUAAUUUUAAUAAAAUAUACGCAUGGUAUGAAUGAUGUCAACAUAUUUUAUAAUUUAAAAGUAUGAUUUAUAUCUUAGAAAAUGUGAUUUAAUAUUUUAAUUGAGCACGACGCACCGAGCACGCCUUUGGGAAUCAUUUAAAAUUAGUGCUUUAGGCAUGUAAUAAUAUUAUAAUGUUUUAGUAGUUUAAGUGAAUUUCAUGAUCUUUAGAAACAUUAUCACUUAAAAGGAAAUAAAAGCAAGUUUCGUACGUACGGCAAAGUUUUCCGUUCGAUUUUAAUCAGAACAAAAUCACAAUCACGGUUUGUUCAGCCUUGUAUUGUACCUGAUAAAAGAAUAUAUAUAUGUAUAUAUAUAUUUAUAUAUAUAUAUAUAUUUAUAUAUGUAUAUAUAUAUUAUAUAUAUAUAUAUAUAAUAUAUAUAUAUAAACAAUGAUCGAUGAUAGAGUAGCUUCAGAUCGAUAAACAUUUGUUUUGAUUGUGCGAAUAUUACAAUAGUUGCACGAUGUAAAUGUGUAAGAAGCAUGUAAUAAAGAAUUUAUUUUAAAAAGAUAUUUCACGUGCACAUAAGAAUUAUAUGACCGAUUAUAAAAAAAAAAA